GGCUUUUCUAGCAUGAAGGAGCUAGAGCAUGAGAAAGCUAAGAAGGAGCGAGCCUGCAUUGCUGCUGGGAUUCGUUCUGUAGUUGCAGAGAAGUUUGCUGUUAUUGCUAGGAAUUCUUCUUUUAAGAGUUUCGAUUGGAAUUCCGUGGAUGUAGGGAAUUCAGUGAUAGAUUAG